UAUACUACUCAUACAGUAUACAAGGACAAAUAAUCGUAGUAGAUCAACAUGCAAAAUCUAAAGCAGUCUCACCAAGCAUCCAUACGAUACGAGGAGGAGACAAAGGAACGUAGCGUGCGUAUAUAUAGCAAGCUUUAUCGCUUACUUUGCCAACCUAGACCUGUCCGUGCUUUGAGUUCGAGAUAGCUAGCUGGAGAUGGUUAUGGUCCAACACCUGGUCGCCGUCGGCAGAGACGUGGUCUUUAGGGGGCCGCAUACGCUGACGCCGAGGCCGACGCCAUCGGCAGGCACCAGCACCCCCAAGUCGACCGUCAUCUCGGUGGUGAUAUGCGCCUUGUUCUUCCUGGUCGGCCUCUGCGGCUACAUCAACAGGUACUGCCGCCGCGUCAACACGGCGGCAGCAGCGCCGGUGGGAGGCAGGGACAGGUCAUCGUCGUCAGGGGGGAGCUCCAGGAAGCGCGGGCUGGAGCAGUCGGUGGUGGCGACGUUCCCGGUCAUGCUGUGGAGGGGCCACCACAAGAAGGAGAAGACGGUGAUGGAGGAGGAGGAGGAGGAGGAGCGCUGCCCCGUGUGCCUGGCGGCGUUCGAGGAAGGCGACAACCUCCGCCUGCUGCCGCACUGCUCGCACGUGUUCCACCCGGAGUGCGUCGACCCCUGGCUGCAGGCGCGGGCGACCUGCCCCCUGUGCCGGGCCAACCUCGAGCUGCCGCUGCCGGCGGACGCCCUGGCGAUCGCAAUGCCGGCGGAGGGUAGCGACGACGACGUGGAUGACGGGAAGGAGGAGGCCAUGGAGCUCGAGAUGCUACGCACAGAGCGGCGGGCGGCGAGGCUGCCACCAGUCGCCACAGGGAAGCUGGCACUGCCGUCUCCAGUAGCGCGCAUCGCUGAGAGAGUGUCUGCGUCCAGCGUCGGUGUCGUGGGCCCAAGCUAGGUUUUUUUUUAGCGAAUACAACGGUUCGAGUCUAUCCGUUUGUGCAACGGUUUACUUCUAUACUUAUCGGUCCAGAUUUUUUUUUGAGGUAGUCCAUGUUGUUACGCCAAACCGUUGAUGGGCACCGUGCAACAACCAUGUAAAUUGCAUAUGUCCCAUACACCAAAAAUUUCCCUCCAUCAUUGCUACCCCUAAACAAAAUAGCAUCAUUGCUUUCCCUUGUGAACUAGUGGCUCAUGAAACUGCAAGGCAUCAUAUUUUAUUUUUGAACCAGGCGGUGGUGCCACCGGCGCCUUUCAUUAAUCUCAAGCACAAGAUACAUCUGUAAUUUUAGAAUGCUCAA